GAAUAAGGCUGUAGGUAACAAAAUGUGGAAAAAGUCAAGGGGUCUGAAUACUUUCAGAAUGCACUGUAUGUAUAUCAAUAUUCCAAAGUUGAUAUGAUGAAUAUUGAUACUAUUAGCUACAAAGUUAUCUCAUGAAUGGCUACUUUGUAACCGACUGUCCCAACGACUUCUCUUGGGUGGAUUCUUCUCCUCGCCCGACACUCCGUAACCUAGCAACGCGGGAGCAAGUGGAACCAAGAUGUUCCUCCGUGGAACAACGCUUUGCCGAUUGAAAUGGGGCCGCAUGAAGCAGGAAUGGUGACUGGGGAAAACAUUCUCUACCCUUCCUUAAUCAGUUCUCAGAAAAUACAUGUAAUAGUUUAAGGUAAAAAGGAAAGAAGCAGUAACCAUGGGAAGAUGCUUGCUUAUUAUUAGCUAGGUUUAUUUGUCAGCUAAUGGAUGAGUCAAUAUUCGAUUUAAAGCAAUUUCAUGCUAGUGUUGCGUUGGACUUAGUUUGGACGAGACAUUUUGUGCAUGUGCCCGUUGCCAGCCCCUGUACUUAUUUAGCACAUCUGAUAUCAUGGAUUGUAUAACCUUGGGUCGAGAAUCUAAUGACCAGCAGCCGACCUGUGACCCCGAGGAAGAUGCCAUGGAUGUGGGGAUGCACACCUUCAACCACACCCAUAUGAGAAAGGCAUUUCAGCUGAUGAAUGACAUGAGAAGUAAGAAUAUGCUGUGCGACGUUCUGUUGGUGGCAGGAAAUGUAGAGGUGACCGCUCACAAGUUGGUGCUAGCCUCCUGCAGCCCCUACUUCUGUGCCAUGUUCACAGGGGACAUGAGUGAGAGCAAAGCCCAGCAGGUGGAGAUCAGGGAUGUGGAUGGCCUAACACUAAAAAAACUGGUGGACUAUAUCUAUACAGCUAUGAUUGAAGUAACAGAGGACAACGUUCAGGUGCUCCUGCCUGCAGCCAGCCUCCUGCAGCUGAUGGACGUGAGGCAGGUGUGCUGUGAGUUCCUGCAGAGCCAGCUGCACCCCACCAACUGUCUGGGCAUUCGAGCCUUCGCCGACCUCCACACCUGCACACAGCUCCUCAACCAGUCCCAUGCCUACUCUGAGCAGCAUUUUUCCGAGGUGAUGCUGGGAGAGGAGUUCAUGGGCCUGUCUCUGCAGCAUGUGUGCGGUCUCAUAUCCAGCGACAAACUCACCGUGUCCACAGAGGAGAAGGUAUUUGAGGCCAUUGUUGCAUGGAUAAAGCACGACAAGGAGGCUCGUCUGGAGCACAUGCCAAAGCUGAUGGAGCACGUUCGUCUGCCACUACUGUCCAGAGAUUACCUAGUACAGAUAGUGGAGAAGGAGGCCUUGAUCAAAAACAACAACUCCUGUAAGGACUUCCUGAUCGAGGCCAUGAAGUACCACCUCCUACCCGCUGACCAGCGCCACCUCAUCAAGACGGACCGGACACGCCCACGCACGCCUAUCAGCAUGCCCAAGGUGAUGAUAGUGGUGGGUGGGCAGGCUCCUAAGGCCAUCCGUAGUGUGGAGUGCUAUGACUUCCAGGAGGACCGCUGGCACCAGGUGGCUGACCUGCCGUCCAGACGCUGUCGAGCAGGUGUGGUGUUCAUGGCAGGGAGGGUGUACGCUGUGGGAGGCUUCAACGGCUCGCUGCGAGUCAGGACGGUGGACAUGUACGACGGGAUGAGAGACCAGUGGACCACAGUUCCCAGCAUGCAAGAGCGACGCAGCACUCUGGGGGCAGCCGUGCUGGGGGACCUGCUCUACGCUGUGGGGGGCUUCGACGGGAGCACAGGCCUGUCGUCAGUGGAGACCUACAGCUAUAAGACCAAUGAGUGGAUGUUUGUUGCUCCCAUGAACACGAGACGCAGUAGUGUCGGAGUGGGAGUGGUGGACGGGAAGCUGUAUGCGGUGGGCGGCUACGACGGGGCGUCACGGCAGUGUCUCAGCACGGUGGAGGAGUACAACCCAGUCAGUAACCAGUGGGGAUACAUGUCUGACAUGAGCACCAGACGCAGUGGAGCAGGUGUUGGGGUGCUAAGUGGGCAGCUGUAUGCAGCAGGGGGUCAUGAUGGGCCCCUGGUGAGGAAGAGUGUGGAGGUGUACGACCCACCUAGUAACACCUGGAGACAGGUGUGUGACAUGAACAUGUGUCGGAGGAACGCUGGUGUGUGUGCUAUAAACGGACUGCUGUAUGUGAUUGGAGGAGACGACGGCUCUUGUAACCUCUCCUCAGUGGAGUAUUACAACCCUGCCACAGACAAGUGGAGCCUCAUACCCACCAACAUGAGAAACGGCCGAAGCUAUGCAGGUGUAUCCGUUAUAGACAAGCCUUUAUGACUAUCAGGCCCCGACGGCAGCAGGACCCCACAGCCACAGGUAGCAAUCAAAGGGAGCCACACAGACGUCUGAUUUCACAGUCAACUCCAUGGAGUAACACUAGCCUGACGGGUGGCCCAGGAGGGAGGGAGACCCCAGCCCGGACAGUGCUCUGCGGAGCUGCAGUCUCAGCCCUGUAACUGUAACUGCACUCCUUCCAGGCAGAGUGGACUUGAGAGAGACAUUGGUUUCCAUGGUCUAAAUGACCCCCAAGACUCAACAAAUCUGCCUGGAUCAGAGUGUCUUAAAACUGGAGGGGGCCUGUUUUCCUUCAGCCUCACAGGGGGCCAUUUAGCUACAUUAGUAUUAGGAGGGCCUCACUCCCCUCGGACUCCUUACAACUGAUCAGAGGGGGAAAUAAACUGGCCUUGUUUUAAGGGAUGGACUAAAUGAGCUAGGACCAAGAAGAAGGUUGUUGAUUGGCCUGGGAAACUAGACUGCAGUCAGUCUGCGGUGUGGGACUGUGACUGUGCAGACACACAUUGUGCUAACACAGGCCUCUCAAACCAACAAUGAGCUCUGGCAGUGUUGUAGUACUUGAGUCUGACUCAAGUCCCAAUUUUUUUUGUUUGUUGUAUUUGCACUUGGACUGGAUAGGCUACUAUAAUAAGGAGAAUAUUAGCAGCACUGGGUGCACAGAGCAUCUUGGGUUCUGUUCUCUAGCAGUGGGAAGGACGUGCCACACACAGCCUACAUCAGCUGGUGAGCUGCGGGGGAGCAAGACCGGAAGGCAGGCGCCGCCUCCAAUCAUUGGCCGCUACACAUCGCGCAAGCAACUUUCUUGUUUCCCCAUAACCAGUAGUCACCAGCUUACUAUUUAGCUUUGCCUGGUUAAGAAACACAAACUGGUUUUUGAAAUGUAAAACAGUACUAGUGUUGAGUUUAAUAGUAAACAACAUUGUAGCUAUUUGUCUCUCUCUACCCUGAGGAUAGAGAAGUAAGUUGUCUUUGAAUUUGUCGUCUCGCUCUAGCCGCCCACUUUCCCCCCUGCAUCCCAUUGCCAGGGGUGUAUUCAUUACGGAAACUGUUUACUGUUUAUGAACCAGGGGUGUAUUCAUUACGGAAACUGUUUACUGUUUAAGAACCAGGGGUGUAUUCGUUACGGAAACAACUUACAGUUUAAGAACCAAACGGAGAAAAGGAAACUGGGAGGGAAGUACCUGAAUUUGUCCAAUAGAAACUCUUGUUUCCGUUUGGAGUAAAUGAUUUGGAAAAGUUUUGCAACAGAAUCGGUUUAAUGGUUAUACCCCUGGUUCUGACAAGUCUCCCUUUUAGUUUUCAUUCUGCAAUAAAACACCUAAUCAAAUAUCAGUGGGCAGUAGCUGAGAGCCUGACUUAAUUUAUGUAGUAAAUAAGUAGUGAAACACAGGUAUAGAGUAGAACUUGUGAGUUAGUGAUGAUUAGUAAGUGAGGUUUAUUUUCUUCAUGAGGGAGUGGUGAUAAUCAGCCAUUUGGUGGCAACUUGAAACAAUGGCUUAAUAAGACCUAUUAUAAAUUGAUGGACUAGUGACUUGACUCAUGACUCGAACUUGAACUUGACUCAGACUUCAGCCGUAGGGACUCGUGACUUGACUCGGACUCGAGCACAGGGGACUUGGGACUCGAGCACAGGGGACUUGGGACUCGAGCACAGGGGACUUGGGACUCGAGCACAGGGGACUUGGGACUUGACUCGGACUCGAGCACAGGGGACUCGCGACUUGACCCGGACUCGAGCACAGGGGACUUGGGACUUGACUCGGACUCGAGCACAGGGGACUUGGGACUUGACUCGGACUCGAGCACAGGGGACUUGGGACUCGAGCACAGGGGACUUGGGACUCGAGCACAGGGGACUUGGGACUCGAGCACAGGGGACUUGGGACUCGAGCACAGGGGACUUGGGACUCGAGCACAGGGGACUUGGGACUUGAGGUUUUGUGACUCGACCACUGAUGUAGAAAUGCCCUGAUGAUCAGGUCAGUCUCUCUGUUCUCGAUUGGAGACCUAUGGACUGCAGGACUGCGGCACUAUGGUCACUACCAAGGUGAAACCAACAGGCUUUUUAAUAUCACCUGUGCUACUGGUCUGAAGAACUCAGCAGGCAGACUGGAGGACCAACCUGGACCAGCAUUUACCAGGAGCCACAUGCCUCAAAUACAAUUUCCAAUUUUAAAUCGAUAUUGUAUUUUUUUGCAUAUUUGAAUUGGCUGCAAUGGGGCACCAUGUUAAUGUUGUGUUUUAAAUGCACUGUAAAGACAACUGCAAAGUGAUACCCAGGAUACACUCAGUCUUAACUUGGCACGCUCUAUGUGCCAUACUGUUUUCAUAAUGUGUCUGGGGGUUUGUUCACAAACCUUGUCUCGCUCUGAAGGAGAAGUGCCAAAUUAAUGCAAAAACAAUGUUAGACAAUGAACACCGUGUGUAAGAAUGAAUGCAUUAUCACCUUUUUGUUUUGUAUUAAGCUAAUUUACUGUAACAUGAGCUAAAUACUCCUGUUCAACUUCUGGAUCAGGGCCAAUAAUUCUGGUUAACAUUAUUUCAAGCUCAGAACAUCUUUUACCAGGGUUGGGUUAAAUUCCAUUUCAAUUAAAUGUUCUCUUUUUGAAUAAUAAUGAAUCUCUUGACUUGAAGUGGAGUUGACCCCUACUGUCUUUUUCUACGCCUAGCCUAAACUGUCGUUUUUUUCACUGAGAUUCUGGUAUUUUAAAUGAUUCUAUAUACUGCACAAUUUGUAGGUUUACUAUGGUUAGCCACCCCAGAGCAAUGUUGACAUAUGCAGGACAUAGGCAACUUGUAUAAUGUUAAGUAUAUUAAAUAUUUUAUCAAGGUCAGUGAAAUAUUUUCUAAGGUUUAUUGUGGAUAUUAAAUGAUAGAAUUAUUUUGAGCAUCAGUCCUCUGUUCAGGGAGUGGUUCCAUUUGGGUACAUGGUUACGGUGGUUCCAUUUGGGUACAUGGUUACGGUGGUUCCAUUUGGGUACAUGGUUACGGUGGUUCCAUUUGGGUACAUGGUUACCCUGGUUCCAUUACUGUACAUGGUUACGAUGGUUCCAUGAGGAUACAUGGUUGUGGUGGUUCUAUUUGGAAACAUGGUUAUGGUGGUUAUAUUUGGAAACGUGAUUACGGUGUUUCUAUUUGGAAACGUGAUUAUGGUGGUUCUAUUUGGAAACGUGAUUAUGGUGGUUCUAUUUGGAAACGUGGUUAUGGUGGUUCUAUUUGGAAAUGUGCUUAUGGUGGUUCUAUUUGGAAAUGUGCUUAUGGUGGUUCUAUUUGGAAAUGUGCUUAUGGUGGUUCUAUUUGGAAAUGUGGUUAUGGGGGUUCUAUUUGGAAACGUGGUUAUGAUGGUUCUAUUUGGAAACGUGGUUAUGGUGGUUCCAUUUUUCAUUUGAAUUUCUAGAACAUCUGACUCUCUUCAUAGAACCAAGGUCCCUUCCAAAUCACCAUGAGCAGUUUUACUUUACACUUUCAAUGCUACUGAAACAAACCUGGCUUUUUAUUAACUUGGACUAUGCAGCUGACUGUGAGCCACCAUUGUAAGAUGUGGAUUGGUAGGAGGUGUGUGUGUGUGUGUGUGUGUGUGUGUGUGUGUGUGUGUGUGUGUGUGUGUGUGUGUGUGUGUGUGUGUGUGUGUGUGUGUGUGUGUGUGUGUGUGUGUGUGUGUGUGUGUGUGUGUGUGUGUGUGUGUGUGUGAUUCAGACUGGGAGUGUAUGAGGAUGACAUCUGUAGUUGUCAGUAACUUUAUUAGUGAAUUCCAUCAGCUCAGCAGCCAUGUUUGUGGCCUUGUACAUUACAUUUCAAGCCACUUGUCAUACUGAAUUUAGGGCUACUUUCUGUAUUGGUGGGAAUAGUAAUACACCGUAUAUUAUUACUAGCUAUCUACAGCAUGUCAUUGACAAUCCUAGACUGAGCAGGGUCACGGGGGGAAGAUCUCAAUUGCAUACUCCGUGUCUUGUCUCCUUCUCAAAACCCAUUGGAUGAGAAAGCCAUAGGACCCUCCCCUCUGACCUUCUCAUCCAAUGGGAUUUGAGGAGAGAGGACGCAAGGAGUAUGCAAUUGAAAUCUUCCCAGGGUCCCUCUGGAGAGGUGUGGUCAGAGGUCAGAGCUGGACCACUCAGGGACCUGCACUGAGCCUGCAUAACAACACCAGCCUGGGUUUACAGACCAUGGGUGUCCAAAACCCUGUAUGGCCUUACUGCGUCCAUUCCACCCAACCUGUCCUCAUAUAUUUUCAGCUGCUCGGUUUAUGACCAAUAAAAAUGGCCUUGCAUUUUAA